AUGGCACUCUCGCAAGAGGAAAUUACACUCCAAUCAACUUCAACUACACCAAUGGCUACCCCCCAGAGAUAUAAUGGCCCUGCAAAGGAUGGGGACUGGGCCAACUACCGGGACACUAUAACGUCUCUAUAUCGCGACCAGAAUAAGAGUCUAAAAGACGUAAUGCGUAUCAUGCGAGAAGAAUACUACUUUUUUGCAACAGAGAAGAUGUAUAAAAUCCGCUUCAAUAAAUGGGGCUUGCACAAAAAACUGCGAGCCCACCAAGUCGCCGAGCUUCUAGUCCAGCGGGGCAAGCGAGCCGCCGUGGGUAAGACGUCCGUUUCCUUCGUCCACGGCCGCAAGAUCGACACGGAGCGGCUCAACACUUAUCUACGACGUGUCUCGCCCGCCAGACGCAAAGAGCUGGAGGCGAUCCUAAAAGGGAAGGUAGAGCUAGCCACACCGCAGAAGCGCAGCAUAGCGGUCAUCAUAUGCCGAACCCCGUCCCCCGAACCCAAACCGGGAAUAGAGCCGACGCUAAGGCGCAUCGAAGCCCCCGAAAAUUUGCGGCUCCCCGAGGAAUGCCUGCAGAUUGUCCAGUGCUACGUCGGCGGCGCGUUCGAAUCGUCUCUGUUCCAGACGACGCCGGACAACGAACUGGUGUUUCCCCAGCGGGGCAAGACCUGGCUAGACCCCGUGUCGUCUGCGAGGCAACUAUUCAUCAACGGCUUCACGGAGCAGGGCUUCCGCCUGAUAAAAGUAACCUUCGAAGACUACCGGGCCGUCAUGCUGCGGCAAGACCCAUCGCUCCUCGUCGAAACCUGUCUCGCGCUAGGCGCACUCCUACACUGCGGGCCCGGCCUCGCAGAGUCCCUGAUCAACUACGCGUGCGGGAUGUCUCGCAUCCUCUUCGGCUCGCGGCAUCCCUUGCACCUCCUCUUCGUGCGACUCCAAGGCGCCAGCCCGUCUGACAUCACGCAGAUCAUGAGGCUCGUUAUCCAGUCGUACCUCAAAGCUGUGCAGCUCAGCAGCCGCCUCAAGCCAACGUACCUCGCGACGAUCUACCGGGCCAUGCUCAACAACAACUUUAUCUCGGGGCCGAGUGCAGCGGCGGACAUGCAGGCGCUUCUCACUGACCUGGAAACGGCAGCAGCAGCACCAGUAUCUUCAAUUUCGUCGUCGAGGUCUUCCUCCUUCUCCUCGCCAACAACAUCGCCAGCAGCAGCAGCAUCCUCUUCCUCUCCAGCCCCCCAGCAAAAAGCCUCCGACCUCGCCCUCCUCCGCUACCACCUCACCUGGCUCCAGACCCAGCACAACCAGCCCACCGAAGCCCAAGCCGCCGCGCAAGCCCUCCUCUCCCCCUCCGCCCCCCGCGACCCCCGCCUCGUCCGCUUCAGCUGCUACACCAUGCUGCGCACCCUCCCCGCCAGCCCCUUGCACACACGGCCGGCGGACGCCAUCGCGCUGCUGCGGCGGAGCCUCGCGGUCUGCGAGGAGAGGUUCGGGAGGAGCGACAACGCGACGGUGACGGUGCUGGCGGCGCUGCGGGGGUAUCUGCGGAGGGUGGGGAGAGAGGGGGAGGCGGAGGGGGUGGGGAGGGAGUUUGAGGGGCGGUGGGGGGAGGGGAUGGGGAUGGAUGGAUGACCGGCGGCCCUGAUGAAUACUUACUACAUGGUGCAAUGAGGGGGGAAUGCGUGUGGGCGGACGGAUCUAGUCCCUAGGUAACGGCUAGGUACCUACUUAAGCGAGUGGUAUACAGGCCUGUGUAGGUGUGUACUCGUUCGCCGACUACCGACAGCACGUAUCCUCCCUAUGUAGUAGGCUGCAGCCAGGGUAUUCAUCAGGGUGUAUUUAAUCCCCCCUAAAAGCCCUCCAACCUACCUACCCACAAAGCAGGUUGGUAAGGGGCUGAGAAUCUCGACUCCUAGACACUACUGUAUGUAGUGCCUGAGAGAUGAUAUUCCAAUGAUCACGAUCGGUGCCGUAACUGAAUAAUAAAUAGUUAGCUCUCAUCCGGAUGGGAGUGUAUAAUUAUAGCAAAUAUAAUUAGUGUACCACACAUAGUACCCAUUGU